CCACAACUGAACUGUCAAUUCUCCGGAGCUUCUCACUUUUUUCUCUAACCGUCUGAAUCUUGACAGACUGCUCCAAAAAAUGAGCACAACUGAUGCUCCGCCAUUUGGUCCUAGUACUAGCUCAAUGGAUAUGAGAGUACCUAUUCCUGAUGGGCCAUUUAUUGAUAAUCCAAAUUUUGUACAUGAAAAUAACGAAGAAUCCCAGUCAACGCCACGUGGCAGCACAUCUGGAGAUGGAGGUGGCGGAUCGCCGAGCAUGGAGUUCAGCUCAAGCAGGCCUGGCGGCUUAUCCACAAUAUCUGGAGUAUUUGCUCCGGUGGCGCUGAGCAUGUUCAGUAUAUUGCUCUUUUUAAGAAUGGGAUUUGUGGUGGGUCAACUGGGAUUCCUAAUGACAAUACUACAACUAGCGAUGGCUUAUGCGAUAGUUAUGCUCACCGUGCUCUCACUUUGUGCAAUUUCCUCAAAUGGAGCUGUUGAAGGUGGUGGUGUAUAUUACAUGAUUUCCCGAUCCUUGGGUCCUGAGUUUGGUGGAGCCAUCGGAGUUUUAUUUUUUGUUGCAAAUGUAUUUUCAUGUGCUCUGUACAUAUCUGGAUUUACCGAAGCUCUAAUGAAUAAUAUUGGAAAUGGACAAUUCCCCGACUCGCCAGCCUGGCGGUUUGUCUACUGCGUCCUUGUCUCCCUGGUCCUCCUUGUCCUAUCCCUGUUAGGCUCCGCCCUCUUCGCCAAGACCGCCCUGAUCACAUUUGUCCUGAUCUCAGUUUGCUACGGAACAUGGAUUGUUUCUGUGAUUUUUAAUGGAAGAAUGGAGGUUUUGAUUCCGAAGGUGAACACUCCGGCGUAUAGAGUCCUGGUCAACGCCAGUGAUCCGUCCCAGGGAACUGUGGAGGAUUUCAAUCAGACUCUUACCGCGAAUUAUACUGGAUGGAGCUUCCACACCCUCGGAGAAAACAUGUUCCCCGAGUACACCAUGGACUAUACCACUGAAAAACCCACUGAUUUCGCUUUAAUGUUUGCUAUCAUCUUCUCUGGAGUUACUGGUCUAAUGGCCGGAGCCAAUAUGUCAGGAGAACUUGCCCGCCCAUCAGUUUCGAUUCCACGUGGAACGGUUCAAGCGGUUUUUAUGACGCUUUUUGUCUAUGUGAUGACAGCUUUUCUGAUGGCUACUACGUCAAGCCGGUACUUGCUCCAGAAUGAUUAUACCGUCAUGAUGGACACGAAUUUCCACAGAGUUUUUAUUCUGAUCGGGAUUUUCUCUACGACGCUCUUUUCGUCGAUGAGCAACUUGAUUGGCUCCUCCCGAGUUCUAAACCGUCUCUCCCACGACAAGCUCUUCGGCUGCUUGCUCCGUCCCGCGAAAAUCGAGAUCGGAGACCGUAACCCGGUUGUCUCCGUGGUCAUCACAUGGAUGUGUGUGGUUUUGGUGUUCUUAGUCGGGGCUAUGAAUAAAAUCGCAAAGCUGACCUCGAUCUUCUUCUUGUUGAGUUAUAUGGGUGUAAAUGUGGCGACGCUGGCGCUGGAAUUGACGAGUGCACCGAAUUUUAGACCCACCUUCAAGUACUUCUCCUGGCAAACGUGUGCUCUUGGAGUUGUAGCCACGGCAACUAUGAUGCUUGUCGUUGAUGCUUCAAUGAGUGCUCUCGGAGUUGUAGUGCUGAUGUCAUUGAUUAUGGUGCUUCAUUACCAGGCGCCAAGUGUCUCCUCCGGAUCCAUUUCUCAGGCGCUGAUCUACCAUCAAGUUCGGAAAUAUUUGUUGCUGCUGGAUGUUAGGAAAGAGCACGUCAAAUACUGGCGCCCACAAAUCCUGCUCCUAGUCUCCCGGCCAGCAUCCGCCUGCUCCCUACUCGACUUUGUAAAUGACCUCAAAAAAUCUGGCCUCUACCUAGUCGGGCACGUCAGAAAAGGAGAAAUGGAUUCUUCUCAAGUAGUAGAUCCGCUGCAGCAAGUCUUCCCGUACUGGUUAUCCUUGAUAGAUUACUUGAAGCUCAAGGCGUUUGUAGAGCUCACAAUGUCGAAUAAUAUCCGACAUGGAAUUCAGCAGCUUAUGCGGCUCUCCGGUCUCGGAGCGAUGAAGCCGAAUACUGUAGUUAUUGGAUUCCACGAGCUGGCACCGAGCCAAGUUACCCUGCAAGAAUCACAGCUUCUGAAAGAUCUGAGAUUCUCGAAAAUCGACCGGGCAGCUGUUGUGGAGUACUUCACCGCUGGAGACUAUAUGCCAAAGGAGUUGGAUGGAAAUUUGGAGAGAUUGACGCCGGUGGACUAUGUGAAUGUUCUUAAGGAUGUUCUUCAUAUGACUAAGAACCUAUGUGUAGCCCGACACUUUUCGAAAUUAGAUAAGGAAGCGUUGGCGAGGGGGUGGAAUGGUCAGAAGCGAUAUAUUGAUGUUUGGCCUGUAGACUUGCAGAAGCCACAGGAAACUGGACUUGGCUGGGAUAAUAGCUCCCUCUUCCUGCUCCAACUCUCAUGCAUCUUGUCAAUGUCGUCCCGCUGGAGGUCCUACACAAAACUCCGAGUCUUCAUCUGCGUCAACUCCCUUCAAGACAUGCAUCGGCGGGAGAGACAGCUCAAGAAUAUGCUUCAAACUUUGAGAAUUGAAGGAGAAUCUUCUGUGGUUCCGUGGGAUCAUGUUGUGUGUCAUUAUCAGCCACCGAAUGCAACAGCAAGUGCGAAUACUGCCACACCGUCAGUAGACCUUCCACCAGCCUACGUCAGUGCAUUCAAUGAUAUGGUGAAGAGAUACUCCGAAGAUGCGGCGAUUACUCUGCUGAACCUUCCGGUACCUCCAGAUAAUGCAGAUAUAGAUGCUGAUAGGUACCUGGAAAUGGUGCGCAACCUGACUGACGCCCUUCCACCAACUCUUCUAGUCCACGGAGUCUCUUCGGUUAUUUCUACGGCCUUAUAAUUAUUGAUUUUUUCCCGGAAAAAUAUCGAUUUUUUCGUUUCCCAAAAAUGUGUCCAUGGUGCUGUAUUUCAACUUAUUUAUUUUCACUUGAUUUUUGAAAAUUUUGCAAUUUUUCACCAACUUCGUGUAUUAGCCAUAUAUCGAUUUUUUCAGCAAGUUUUCAGCUAUAAAUUAUUGAUUUUU